GUCAUGUCUGUCUGUGCCAUCUUACUAAAAUGUCUUAGUUGUUAAUUUUCUCAAUCUAAAGGCACGACCUGGAUUCGAGCCAAUAUCUUAAGUAGUGGAACGUGUUAUUAUUACAACCUCGUGAAAGAUACAAACUGACACGUUUUUCAUCGUCAAAAACAACAUAUCGAAAGCUGCUUUUGAGGUGACGGCUUGCACAUGCGCAGUUCGGCGCGAGAUGACCGUUGGACGUGUCUGCUCAUGAGUUUAGCUAGCCAACGUCGCCAUGACAUCGACUAAAAGCUAUAUCGGACAUUUCUAUUAGAGAAGCAGUUUCUGCUUAUCUUCAUACUGUACUGUCUUUGAUUUGACUGCGUUUUCAUUGGACAGAGCCGGGGACCGGAUGACAGCUGGGGCAGGUUGGCGGGUGCGCAAGGUAAACGGCGAGAAUGUUGGUCCCUGCGGGAUGAUGAUGAAAAAGAGACUGUGGCGAGUUGUGACAGUGUGCCUACUUGUGUUUUUACCGUGUUGGCACCCCACUAAGUAUGUUGGCUGCACAGAGCAGCCCCCAGAGGCUCGGAGCAUGCCUGCACCUGCUCAGGACAGCAGUGGAGAGGAAGACCAAGGCGACAAGUCCCAUCACAGGGGUGUUGUUCAGGUAGAGGAGGGCUGGGGGUCCCAAUAUGUCCAGUACCCAUCUGAAGAGGAGGCGCUGCCAGAGGGAGAGGAGGUGGAUACACAGCAGCAGGGCCUAGAGGAGGAGGAGGAGGCGGCGGAUACUCCAGGCACAGAGGUGGACGACAAGGAGCAUGUCAAGUGCCGUGGUGAUGUUUCCCAGACGUUGGACCUGGAGGAUUCUGUAGCAGAGAAGGAGCAAGAGACAGCACGGCCAGAGGCCCGGCCAGAGGCUGAGCAGCCAUCUCCAGAGGCUGUUGACACCCAAGAGCAGAAGCCAACCCCCGCCUCUGACCUUUCCCCUCCACCGUCUGCCCCUGCCCUCAACCCCAUCCCCGAAGACCCCUCCAGCACCCCUAGCUCAUCCUCUAGUGUACCAGAGGAAAUUGUGUCUGAUGUCCCUUUGUCAGAAUCCAGCGACGUUGAUCUGGCCAUAGCCGACUGUGAAGCUGGAGAAACCAACCCCUUUGACGGCACCCUCACCAGUCUUCCCGUUGUCCUGGAGAACACAUCCAAUGCCCUGGGAAAGGGCACCAAGACUGACAUAGACCCCCCUCCGGCCCAGGCAGGUCAGGCCUUAGUGGGGCUAGCUCAGGGGGCCAACGCCUCCCACAUGCUCAAAGAACAGGGCUUGAUCUCACACAUCGCCACAGAGACAGUUCCCAGCGUGGCAACCAAGGACCCGGAGGACAACCCCACCUUUGACGAGUGGAAGAAGAAAAUGAUGGAGGUGGAGACAGAGAAGACUCAGGCCACUCAUACCUCCACCAAUGGCGGCUCCCACGCUGUAAAGAAGGUGCAAAAGAACUUCAACAACUAUGCAUCGGUGGAGUGUGGGGCAAAGAUACUGGGUUCUAACCCAGAGGCGAAGAGCACUUCGGCCAUAUUAAUGGAGAGCAUGGAUCAUUACAUGUUAAAUCCCUGCAGCAACAAGAUCUGGUUCAUCAUUGAGCUGUGUGAUCCCAUCCAGGUGAAGCAGUUGGACAUCGCUAACUUUGAGCUCUUCUCUUCCACACCCAAAGACUUCCUGGUCUCCAUCAGUGACAGGUACCCAACCAACAAGUGGGUGAAGCGGGGAACUUUUCAUGCUCGGGACGAGCGCACUGUUCAGAGUUUCCCUCUGGAUGAGCAUCUGUAUACCAAAUAUGUCAAGAUGUUCACCAAGUACAUAAAGGUGGAGCUGGUCUCUCACCAUGGAUCUGAACACUUCUGCCCUCUCAGUCUCGUAAGGGUGUUUGGAACGAGUAUGGUGGAGGAGUACGAGGAGAUCGCUGACCCCCUGGACAGACCAGAAGACCAGGAUGGCGACCAGGAUGACCACCUCGAUUAUCCCUCUGGAUAUGUCCCUGUAGAGGACGAGGCGUCUAAUGACCUCAUAGGAUCAGCCAAGGAUGUCAUUCUGAACAUGGUGAACAACAUUAAAGUCAACGUGCUGGGAGGAGGACCAGGGGAAGGGAACUUCUCAGGCCAGGCAGUGAAUAUGACUGCCAGUGACUCUUCAUCUGACCCCGACACCACCUCCGCCGUCAGCCCUGUGCUUGACAUUGUAGGCGUUGAACAGUCUGAGGUACCAGAACACCCUGUCACUACCACAGAGGAUCACACACCAGAGCCCCCUACUCCAGAACCCCCUGUCACAGAGGAACCCAAACUAAAGAAUCUAACUGGGGAGGAGCCGGUUGUGACUCCUAUAGAGGGGGAGGUCCAGUCCAUAGUUACCAUGCUGGAGAAGGAAGAGGAGGAGAAGGAAGUGGAAGGGAGGGACAGAGAGGUGCACCAUUGCCCUUGCCUCCGACAGCAAGAAAGCCUUGACUACUGUGGCCUGUCUUCCUCCUAUCCUUGCUCUUGCUCAGCCUCCUUCCAGGAGUACCUCCUCCACCAGUGUUCCGUUCAAAGGACCUGCACCAGCCAGGAGAGGGAGCCAGAUGCACCCCCAGUCUCAGGAACCAGCAUCGUCCCGUCACAGCAUCUCACCAUCUCCCCCACGGCCACUCAGACCCCACAGCAGCCCCACACUCUGGGGGAACAGCCUCAGGAGAGAGAAGCCAGCUCUGUCCUUGGGGAGAGGGCAGCAAGUCCCACUCAAGCCCUGCCACACCUUCCAUGGGUUGAGACUGAGGCAGUGGGAGAGAGAGAGCCCAGCACUGAGCUGCCCCACCUGGAGCCCAGCCAGACCUCCACCCUGCCCAGGCCCAGUUCCACCGACAUUGCCAGCUCUGCCACUAGGCCCACCCCUACCAUGGAGCCUUCACACCAGGCCUCCUCGAAAGACCUGACCGGGCAGAAGCAGCCAUCCACUUGGGCAGAGAAGAACCGGGAGGUGCAGCAGGAGGAGAACAGACUGCCUUUUCCCACUGUCACCACCACCACCUCCUCCAGCCCCUGUGGCCCACUAGAGCAGAGUUGGAGAGCCCCUGUAGAGAGGCCCUGUCCGGACGUCCAGCCUGCCAAACAAGACAUCCCGGUCAUCCACACCCCACAUGUGGCCGAUCCCCUCCCCACUGUCUCCACCCCCACAGAGCAGCAGCAGCCUCCCGCCCCCACAGCUGAACCAGAGAGUGCUGCUGGCAGUGGCAACACUACUCCUGGGGAGUCCCGCUCUGUCCCCGUCGUGGUUAUGACAGAACCCCCCUCGCGUGGCCAGGCUGUCGCAACGGAAACCAAGGGGGAAGCAGAGCUUGUGGAGGACAUCCUCUUCACCUCGUCGCCCAAUGGCAACGGGCAGCAGCUGCUUCCCCCACCCUCCCCCUCGGACUUCUACGCAGAGCUCCACAAACCCACGGAACAGGCGAACGGGAACCCGAUGCACGGCACCACCAGCCAGAAGGAGUCUGUGUUCAUGAGGCUCAACAACCGCAUCAAGGCCCUGGAGAUGAACAUGUCGCUGAGCGGACGCUACCUGGAGCAGCUCAGUCAGAGGUACCGAAGGCAGAUGGAAGAGAUGCAGAGGGCUUUCAACAAAACCAUCAUCAAACUGCAGAACACAUCCAGGAUAGCAGAGGAGCAGGACCAGAGACAGACUGAGUCCAUCCAGUCGUUGCAGGGCCAGCUGGAAGACAUCACACAGCUGGUUCUCAACCUGUCUGUCGGAGUCAGUCAGCUGCAGAGCCAGGUGUCUGAAAGGCAGAGUUACCUCCUGCUGUGUCUGGUGUUGUGUUUGUUCCUGGGGUUGCUGCUGUGUGUCCAGCACAGUCGCAUGUCUGCCAUUGAUCCUCCCUCCACAGACCCAGCGCCUCCUAUACCCAAGAGCUACAGCUACUGCUGCCCAGAGAGGCGUUUCUGGGAAUAUGAAGACAUGAGCUUGAAGAGAGGAAUGUCAUAUCCUCUCCUGCACUCGGGCUCCUUCCAGGUACCCACCACUGAAGGUCCAGAGUCACCGCACACUGUUGAACCAUUGAGUUUUCUACCAGCUAAUAAAAAGAAGAAACGGUGUAAGAUGAAGACCGUGGAAACCUUGAAAUGCACUGCACUCUGCGCUCCUCUGCUUGCUCAUGGAGCACCCGUAUGUAACGGUGGCACCACAGACCCUACACCCCGCAUGGGGCGUCUCAGCCAUCACGCCUUCAUGGACCCCCCUUCCGGGGGCAGUUCAGAGAGCUCCUCCCAGUCGGACGAGCCCUCCUUAUGCGGCCUUGCCUCCACCUCCUGCACUCGCCUCUGUGACGGCCUGCCCCCGCCCAGGAGCAGGGCAGAGAAGCGGGCGUUCAAGCGGCAUCGCUCCAAGCCUGGGUGCGUGGUGGUGGAGGAUCUCCAGCAGGCCCCACAGAGAGAUGCAACACCCAUAACCCCCACCCUGCAGGACCUCAUAGGGGGAAGGAAGGAGCUGUCUGCAGGGAUGUUGGGAGUGACUGCGCUCUGAGGUCCUGUUGGACCUAGACUAAACUCUCCUCGUGUCUGCUCCUCCUGAAAACAGACUCUGGAACAGUCACCCCCUGAAAGGAGGGACGUUGUCAUCCUUUUAUACACAGGAAGCUUUAGGUCAGGAAUAAGACAAUCCCUAUUCGUCUACCUCCCAACCAGUAUGUUAUGUUAUGUUCUGUCCAUGUUCUCUGUUGAACCUUUGUCAGGCUCUGAUGUUUCUUUCUUGCUUUGACCAAUGGAAAAAAAAAUAUAUUUUCCAUCUGUCCUUCAAAAUGUUGUUUUUCGUUGUUGUAAAUAAUGUCAACCCUACAGCUGUGCCAUGUAACAAUCAAACCUGCAAAUAAUAGCCAAUGUCAAUGAUGGGCUAAAGGAAUAUAUAUAUAUAGUUUUGAAGAUGCUUUUACUGGGGAAUGGCCGGUCUAGACACAUCGUUCAUAGAAACAGUAGUGUCUUCCUGUACUGUAUCCAGAUCGAUUCUCAUUCUCUGAAGUUGAAACCUUUUUAUACAACUGUUAUGCUUUUACCAGCCCAGCUGCCGCUUCUACAGUACACAGGGAUGCAAGACCGCCUACACUGAACAAAAAUGUCAACGCAGCAUGCCACAAAGAUUUCUGAGUUACAAUUCAUAUAAGUAAAUCAGUCAAUUUAAAUCAAUUCAUUAGGCUCUAAUGGACUUCACAUGACUGGGUAUACAGAUAUGCAUCUAUUGGUCACAGAUGUAGUACCAGACAAAAGU